AAAAAGAAGAAGAAUAAGCCAUGGAUCAGCUUAAACCAAGCCCACCAAAUUCCAGCCCACUAACCCCUCUCACCUUCUUCGAGAGAACCGCCAGCAUCUACGGCGAUCCACCUCCCUUAUCUACAACUCCGCCGUCUACACCUGGUCCGCCACCCAUCUCUGGUGCCCCCGCCUCGCUUCUUCCAUCGCCUCCCUCGGAAUCCGCCGAGGUCAGGUGGUCUCUGUUCUCGCGCCCAACAUCCCUGCUAUGUACGAGCUCAAUUUUGCCGCCCCCAUGGCCGGAGCCGUCCUCAACUCCGUCAACCUCCGCCUCGACGCCCGGACCGUCUCCGUGCUCCUCCGCCACUGCAAGUCAAUUUCGCCGCCCCCAUGGUCGUUGUUCGGUGGUCACAGAGUAUUACUUGCCCAGUUGCCCCUUCGUCUGAUUGGAUUACUGCCUUGCCGCACCAGCCAGAGAAGAAGACAGAGAGAAUGCAAGAGUUGGUGAAGAGCUUUCAAAAUCUUUAACUAUUAGGAACAGUGUUUCUGCCCAUUUGAUAAGCUACAGUAGCAGCCUAGAUUUGGACCGCACAUUGGAUAAAGAGAAAGAGUAUGGGAGAAGCUAAGCCGCUGGGCGCUGGGUAUUUCCGUCAGAUCCGGCCGCCUGGAGAAAGAGGGAUUCUGCGUACACAUCUCAAGAGAGAGAGAGGGGGAGCGUAUGGAGAAGGUUUUCCAUCAGAUCCACCUGUUCUUUCUUCUCUUUUCGUAGCCGCUUCACCGUUGACGAUCGCCAUCAAAUUCCAAUCAGUACUGGGUUCCUUUAGCAAUCAGAAUUGAAGGAUUGAAACGUGCUUCACCAUAGGGGAGGAGAAGCUAAGCCGAUGCUUUUGUGACAGGCUAGGACGGCAUCCAAGAAUUGCAUGGCGAAGAAUAUCUGGCAUUUCAGUUUCCACCCAACCCUAGAAAUAAGGAGGAGACAGAUUCGGGUGACUAGAUUCUAAACGGAUGAGAGGCUUGGGUGGUGCAGUCCCUUGAUUCUACAUUGUGAUCUGAGAAUAUGCCUCACCUAAUAAAAAUAGGUGUUCACUUCUAUGGAUGAACAUAUAUAGUUUAUAGGAUAUCUGUUUAUACCAUUUGUCUAUUACAUUAUUGCCUUGUAAAAUAUACAAUCAUCGAACUGAAAAUAAAGCACAGAGCAUAUGAAAAAGCUUUAGAAUUCAGGUUUGUUCUCAAUCUUUUUUAAUUUAUCACAAUUUCUUUUCAAAUAUUAUAUCCUUUUUUUAACAUUUUUGGUCUCUUAUUUUGUGCGAGUAUUAAGAAUGUUAAGCUUCUUUGGUAUGAAACUAUGCAGAAUUUUCUUUAGAAUCCAAGAUGUUACCUUUGGCGCAUAAUUGUAACUCGAUAAGGUACCAUACAGGUCAAUGGGUUUGAUAUUGGAAAUAUUCAGCUCGAUAGUUUGAGGAGACAUGUUGGUCUGGUCUUUCAAGAUAUAUUUGUCCGCAGGGUAAUUUGGGAAAUUCCUAUACAAGCUUCCUCUUUCAUUUUAUUCUCUUCACCUUAAGACAUGACCUAGGCCGACCUUAUGCUUACAUACAAUCGUAUAGAUCCGGCAACGAGGAGAAAGAGGGUUUUCGCACAGAGAUGACAGGAUAACGAGGGAGGGGUUUCACGUCAUUGUCUCAGGUACCCUUCAUCUCUCUCUUUAGCUGCACAAUAAUGACGAGUAUCUCUAAGCAGGCGACUAAAGCUAAGCCGCCGCUGCGGGAAAGAGGGCAGCCGCUGCAGAUAUGCAUAUCUAGCACCCGAGUCAUAGUGUAUCGGCUAUCUUUUUGGAUGCAAACUCUCCCAGCUAUCAUUGUUGCAGGAGUCUGCCGCAAACCUUUUCCGGAUCUAGGGUUUCAUCAUUUGAAGAUUUGAUUUUUUGACCUAUCUUAUGUCCUCGGCAGUUUCAGAUGAGACUAUUCAGGACAACAUAGAUUAUGAGGAAAAGUGGAUAAGGAGAGACUUCAAGAUAGAGGAAAACACGGAUUAAGGAAAAUCUGAGAUAGAGAAAUUAAAUCCAUCCAUCCCGUGGGAGCAUGUUGAAGGCUUCCAAAGUGCAGGUUUGACUAGAUGGUAUUCUUAGAGCUCCUAUGGUGGUUUAAUUUCUAUUGGAUUUGGCUACUGUUGGACAUUUUGACAAGAAACUAGAAGUCACUAAGAUACUCCAGGGUUGUAUUCAACUCUAUUUUGAAUAUUUUGGUUGAAUUUUUUGAUGGAUUGUGAGCGAUUAGCGAUGCUCUUUCAUAAUCUGGUGUUGGAUUUUCAAUCCAAUCAAGAUUUCUUGGAAGUCAACCCAGUUUUGUUAAUAUUUGUAUUUUUAACAAUAACCCAUCUCAAUAUCUUCUUUUGUUGAUUUUAAGUUGUUGGGUGCCACCCGAGGACAGAAGGUGUAAAUGGGGAAAACAUAAUGGUCAGAGUUGAUGACUGUGAAAAGGAUGACAGUUUUAGUGUGACAUGGAAUGAGGCAAAAUCAGAGGUUUCCUAUUCUUGCCUCCUAUUUGAAUACAAAGGGUUCUUUUGCAGACAUGCAAUGGUUGUUCUUCAAAUGUGUGGUCUACAAGCAUACCAUUGCAAUAUGUUAGACAAAUGU